AUGCAAGACAACUCAAUACAAUGCAAGGCAACACAACACAAGGCAAGGCAUCUUAACACAAUACAACACAAUGUAGGGGAACUCAACACAAUGCAAAGCAACUCAACACAACAGAAUGCAAGGCAACCCAACACAAUGCAAGGCAACUCAACACAACACAAUAUAUGGCAACACAACACAACGCAACUCAACACAAUGCAAGGCAAAUCAACACAAUGCACGACAACUCAACACAAUACAAUGCAAGGCAACUCAACACAAUGCAUGGCAACACAACACAACACAAUGCACGACAAAUCAACACAAUGCAUGACAACUCAACACAACACAAUGCAAGGCAACUCAACACAAUACAACACAAUGCAUGGCAACUCAACACUACACAACUCAACACAAUGCACGACAACUCAACACAACACAAUGCAAGGCAACUCAACACAAUGUAGGGCAACUCAACACAACACAACACAAUGCAUGGCAACUCAACACAACACAACACAACUCAACACAAUGCACGGCAACUCAACACAAUACAACACAAUGCACAGCAACUCAACACAAUGCAACACAACACAAUGA